AUGCGCAAUGCGCAGCGCAUAGGGUCUACACUUGCUCUCCGCGGUCUGCCGUGGACCCAUUGCGAAGCCAUCGUCAAAGCCAAGCUCGGGUCGGAUGCCGAGUGGUCGAGCACGUUUGGCCAGCUCUCGCGAGACGAGGUCGACGUGCUGGCGCGCGUAGCGCGAGAGGUGCUCAAGCCGCAGGCGUCCAAGCUGUACUCGCGACGGGAUCGCGCUGCCUCGCUGCGCGCGGUUGUGCCGUGCUGGCUGGCGACGCAGUGGCAGCUGGGGGCUGCAACGUGA